AUGCAGAACACACCAGACGCCACCAUGCCAGAAGAAAACAACCGAACCCUCUUCCUCGUCCGCAAGAAGCGCAACUCCAAGCACGACGUCCCCUGCAGUCUCGACUGUCUCCUCUACCCCCGCGGGAAGCCCAAGCGCGCACCAAAGACCCUCUUCGGGCGCCUCCUCGCGCUUCUCAGCGUCGACCUGCAGACGCGGCCGAGCAGCGGCGCCGGCGAGCGGUGGGUGCAUAGGGGCGGGGCUGGAUACCAGCCCGGGCGGCACUGGGGGUGUCCGCGGCCCAAUAUGUUUUUCGAGGACUUGGGAGAGGUGGCAGCGGUGCCGGUGCCGGCUGAUGGGGAAAUGGUGCAUGAAUAUCGUGGUGCUUUUGAGGAGGUGCUCGAGAUGUGCCCCGUGUGCUUGGACGUAGUGGUCUCGGAUAUGUUGCUGCUCCGAGUCAGGACAGACACGCCAAUCCUGCGACGACCGACUCUCGGCUUACUCUACGAUGAUUACUACAAGUGCCUCGCAAGUUAUUGCGCUAGGAAGUCGGAGGUCCAGGAGCCUACACGUAGAGCUCUGCGAUAUCGUGGCAAAGUACGUUUGCCUGACGCCGAGCCACGUGGGAUCAAGUUCGAAAUCGUCGACGGGUGCAGAUCUCCAGUAUGCCAUGCACAGGGCAGCGCUGUGACCUAUUGGCCAACUCAACUCCUGACGGAUCUGAAGAGAUAUGAUUCUACCGAGCGGCGAUGGUCUUGGCGGAAGGUCUUUGUCCAUCCCCGCCUAGCGAACCACGCAAGCUGCCGUGUGAGUAUCUACUUGCAUGUUCUCCGCACUUUUCAUUCAACGAUCCCUGCCGGGCACAACCUCUGGUCAACGGUGACCAAAGAACUGCCUGGGGAGGCAGGUCAAUCUACCCAGGCCGGCUACACAGCUGUCAGGAGGCCGGUGUUGAGCCAUGGAACAGGAGGCAUUUCAUGGCCUUGGGACCACGAGAACGUAUGUAACGGUUACGGAGGGCCCUCCUUUUACCGGAGGGCCAGAAUCUAG